GACCUCGGGUGACCUGCGGGCGGGCGGCGGCGGACGCGUCCUCUUGGCCUCGUUAGCCCGGCCGUGGUCGGCCGCGGCAGCUCCGCUGGGCGGCGGCUGGAGAAGGAGUCAUGGGGACGGUGCACGCCCGGAGUCUGGAGCCGCUCCCGUCCAGUGGGCCUGACUUCGGAGCGCUGGGAGAAGAAGCCGAAUUUGUAGAAGUUGAACCUGAAGCAAAGCAGGAAAUUCUGGAAAACAAAGAUGUGGUUGUGCAGCACGUUCACUUUGAUGGACUUGGAAGGACUAAGGAUGACAUCAUCAUCUGUGAAAUUGGAGAGGUCUUUAAGGCCAAAAACCUCAUUGAGGUCAUGAGGAAAUCUCAUGAAGCCCGGGAAAAACUGCUGCGUCUAGGCAUUUUUCGGCAAGUGGAUGUCUUGAUUGACACAUGUCAAGGUGAUGAUGCCCUUCCAAAUGGGCUCGAUGUGACCUUUGAAGUGACUGAACUAAGGAGACUGACGGGCAGCUACAACACCAUGGUUGGCAACAAUGAAGGCAGUAUGGUGCUUGGCCUCAAACUCCCCAAUCUUCUUGGACGUGCAGAAAAAGUGACCUUUCAGUUUUCCUAUGGAACCAAAGAAACUUCCUAUGGCCUAUCCUUCUUCAAGCCACAGCCCGGAAACUUCGAGAGAAAUUUCUCUGUGAACUUAUAUAAAGUUACCGGCCAGUUCCCGUGGAGCUCACUUCGGGAGACAGACAGAGGACUAUCCGCUGAAUACAGUUUUCCCAUAUGGAAGACCAGCCACACCGUCAAGUGGGAAGGUGUGUGGCGGGAACUGGGCUGUCUGUCGAGGACGGCGUCCUUUGCUGUGCGGAAGGAGAGCGGACACUCCCUGAAGUCAUCUCUGUCGCAUGCCAUGGUCAUCGACUCUCGGAAUUCUUCCAUCUUACCAAGAAGAGGGGCCUUGCUGAAAGUGAACCAGGAACUGGCGGGCUACACCGGAGGGGACGUGAGCUUCCUCAAGGAGGACUUCGAGCUUCAGCUGAACAAGCAGCUCCUGUUGGAUUCAGUGUUCUCUGCCUCACUCUGGGGUGGAAUGUUGGUGCCCAUCGGUGAUAAACCCUCCAGCAUUGCUGAUAGGUUUUACCUGGGAGGACCCACGAGUGUCCGUGGAUUCAGCAUGCACAGCAUCGGGCCCCAGAGUGAAGGAGACUACCUGGGUGGAGAGGCGUACUGGGCUGGCGGCCUACACCUAUACACCCCACUGCCCUUCCGGCCUGGCCAGGGCGGCUUUGGAGAGCUCUUCAGAACCCACUUUUUUCUCAACGCGGGCAACCUCUGCAACCUCAACUAUGGGGAGGGCCCCAGAGCCCACAUCCGCAAGCUGGCCGAGUGCCUGCGCUGGUCGUACGGAGCCGGCAUCGUCCUGCGGCUGGGCAACAUUGCUCGGCUGGAGCUGAACUACUGCGUCCCCAUGGGCGUGCAGCGCGGCGACAGGAUAUGUGAUGGUGUCCAGUUUGGAGCUGGGAUUCGGUUCCUGUAGCUGAGCACUGCCUAGGACCAGAAGGAGUCACCAGUGCCACAUGCCUGUUCAGUUGAGCUGUUCUUUUGUGGACUGCAGUCCCUGUGGAAAACCACGUCAAUAAAUUUUAAAGACAAA